CGCAGCUCGGUCCCCACGGGAAGCAGGCGCCGAGUCUUCGGAGUUAAGAAACACCGAGUCUGAGACCAACUGUGAUUUGGGGUUAUCAUGGCGGUUAUAUUAAUAUAUUAUCACAGGAAUAUGCCUUCUUACUUGGGAUUGGGGGGCAGAGUACUACUUCUCCUGUUUUUCUUUACCGGAGUGAUGUGUAACGAGGUGCUGGUCCAGAGGAACAUCGAUGCUGUGCUGGGGAAGAACAUCACCCUAGGAUGUCAGAUACAGGUGGGGUCCAACCUCAGCCUGACACAGAGCUCGUGGGAGCGCCGUGUGGCAUCCAGUACUGUCACCCUGGCUGUAUACAACCCCGAAUUCGGCACCUCGAUCACAGAUGAGUAUGCAGGACGCCUCUCCUUCCUGUCAGCAUCCAGGCAUGAUGCCACGGUCCUGCUGGAGAAUGUGGGCUUUGCUGACGCCGGGGUCUACACCUGCAAAGUGGCCACUUUUCCAAUGGGCAAUAAGCAGGCCUCCACCACCGUCAGCAUUAUGGUGGAGCCCAAGGUGUAUGUGUCAGCGAGCUCCGCCCCAUUGCUGGAUGGCGGGAACGAGACACUGGUGGCCACGUGCACAGCUGAGCGAGCCCUGCCCCCCGCCGAGGUCUCCUGGGAGUCUGACCUGUUCGGCCGCUCCCAGGAACACCAGCAGAAGGAACCUGAUGGCACCGCCACCACGUGGGUCAGCUACACCUGGCGGCCCACACGUCACACCCAGAAGCACUCCCUCACUUGUGUGGUGCGGCACCCUGCACUGCAGUCAGAGUUCCGAUCGACUCACUGGCUCAAUGUGCAAUUUGCUCCUGAAAUCGUGCUUAAAUCCAUUGGGGACUGGCUUGUUGGAGGAACAGACUGUCAUCUGCAGUGUCGAGCCAAUGCUAACCCACCCGUCGGCUCCCUAACCUGGUCCAGGUUGGAUGGACCUAUGCCAGAGGGAGUGGACGUGGUAAACGGCACCCUCUAUUUCCUGCGACCCCUGCAGCAGAAUGAUUCGGGGGUGUAUCGCUGCACGGUUGAGAACGACAUUGACACGAGGAGCAGAGAGACUCGCGUCUGGAUCCGAGACCCCCCUCCCACCACGGCUGCAGCCCCUACCACUCCCGCACCCCUCCAUCCUAGUGGCGGCUUUUCCCAUACUCCCCCCACCAAGCAGCGUGCUCAGUUCAGCUCCCCAACACUGGGCUCCUCUCCCGACAACAGCCUGGGUGCCAUCGUGGGUGGAAUCAUCGGUGGGCUUCUGCUUUUGGUACUGCUUCUGGUGCUGGUUGGCAUCUGCUACAUGCGGCAGCGGCGUACCUUCCGGGGAGACUACUAUACCAAGCAGUACCUGGGCCCAGCCGACAUGCAAAAGGAGCCCCAGCUGGACAUGCUGGAGCCCCACGAGCUGCAGGAGGUAUAUGGGGGAAGUGACUUGACAAAGGAUAGUCCAGACCUGAAGCCCAAGGCUGUCGGGGACAUCAUUGACUCGGAAUACAAGGAGAGGAAAGAUCGGGAGGAUUGGGGCGACAGCAUUCGCGGCAGCCGAAGGAUGCAUGGAGAGGAGGACUAUUAUCCCAACCACCACAGCUCGCACAACAUGUACCCAAGGGAGAUUACUAUGCCCUUACCAAGUGUGCACAAUGGCUCCCCCUACAUGUCGGAGGACUUCUAUGACAGCGGUACGGACAGCGAAUAUGUUUCCCACCUUGAUGGAUCGGUCAUCUCUCGUAGGGAAUGGUAUGUGUGAUAGAGGAGAAAAUGGGACUAAGACAGUAAUUUAAGUAGUAUAAAUGCAGAAUUAAAUUAUCAAAUUAUUUGGAUGGAUGCAAUAAGUAAGACAACCAAAAUUCAGGGGGAAUAUGCUCUUUCUUUCAUUGGCGUGAACUGUAUGUAAUCGCCAUUGACCGAUUAAUGGCAUUAUUCUGCUUUACCUGGCUGGGUUUAAAGAGUAUUAGCAGAAGACUGGUGUGUUGCUGUCAGAUGUGACUUGACAAACUUGCACACCUACUCUUGUCAUUUUGGUGUUUCAAGUCGUCUUUUUAAUUUGUGUUUGAUCUUCACAGCCAAUAUGUACUUAUGUGCUAAUGCUGCAUUAAUAUAUGACAUUUUGAAUUCUGCACAAAGCUGUAUUGACCAGAUGAUAGACAUGGUUCUUACCUUUGAUUAAAUUGUCAUGUUCCACAUUGUAACUGCGAAGUACAAGGGAAGGAUAAAGUGAGAGAGCCGAUGGGAGCUAGACUUUUAGACUGAGGCUUCCCCAGGAGGGGAUCUUUAGGUACAUAUCCUGACUCGCUUCAGUAAAUGUGCAGCUGUAUAAACUAUAAUUUAGUGAUGUUAGAUCACUUAGGACAAGCCAGAAAAAAAGUCGUUCCUCUUCUGUGUUUUUUUGGAAACUCGGUGCCAUAAGCCUGAGCCCAGUGGUUCCCAUCUGGAGGGUCUGAGGCUCUUCCUUGCAUCACCCCAUGCCAGAUCAGCCUUAAUAGUGCAUUUUCUGUUUCCCUAAACCGUUUCUGUAAAAAAGGGCUGUGUGCCACCUCCUGUUGGUUUUUGGCAGCAGACACUCAAAGGGUCUGUGGCUUUCACUUGUUAUUGAACAUCGAUAAUGGUUUUGGUUUCGGUUUUGAAGGGCACUGGCUGACUUUUUAAUUUGCCAAUUUAUUUUUGACCCCCUGCUCCACCUUGUCGCCAGCUGUCCUGACACUCCCAUCCCUGAAAGUUCAGAUGUCCCAGAAUAAACUGGGGUACAUUUGAUGCGAGCUCACACAUCUGCUUCAUGGUUUGCCCCACCUAUCUUCAAAGAGGCUUUUUGCUCAGAAUGGAAGCUUUUUAAUUUUGUCUAGAUUUCCUGGUGUGUACCCUCAGUGAUGUGUUCAGUGGCUAUGAUUGGCAGCUCCACUAAUGCUUUUUAGCCACUAUAAAAGUUCCAUCCAGACCCCUAGCUGUGAGGGAGAACAGAAAAAUAAACGUCUGGAAAUUACAGUAAUAUUAGCUUCUGACUAACUAUUCACUGCAGGUGAUUCCAUCUUUUUAGACUAGUUGCUCGAUUUGACAAUCCUCACUUUGUUUACACACUGUGUAUCUGGAAUGCAUACUCUUCUGCAGGGAAACCAAUGUGAGCACUUCCAUGCUUUAUACUUCUACCUAGGGUGCAUGCAUUCAUUCCUUUAUUCAUUUGUUCAUUCAUUCAUUUAUACAUACAUGAAUUCUCAUUUUUAGCAUGACAUGAAGAAUCCAGGGACAAAUGUUUGACUCAGGAUCCACUGUGAACGUUUUUUUUUCCUGCAUGCCUGGAGUAAAAGUAGUUGGAAUUAAAUCAUUUUGUUCAAUAAUGAUGAUAGAAUGUAACAUUAAAUCUUGAAUUCUGGUGAGAGAACAGGACAUACAGUACUGUGCAUUGUGGUGCUUUAGCUCUUGCUACGUUAGUGUUCAGCUGGGAGGAUUUUUCUUUGUUUCUUUUCCCCAUUAUAAUAUUUAUGGUGUGCACCCAUACAUACACAGUUGUUUAAGUCCUGCGUGAACAAGAUCACAUUGACAUACAUCAAUGAGACUUGGUCAUCCAUGGAAUUAGCCUGUAGCUGGUUUCCAGUCUUGGUCAGGGAUCCUCACCUGGCACCAGGUUUGUCCUGUGCUAAGGAGACUAGGAAUUAUGUGCCUAUAAGUACAUGUCUUUCAAGAUGAUGAUGAUGAUGAUGAUGGUGUGGUGGUGAUUAAAAUAUGCACAGUAGGAUGUAUGAGUAAAAUGAUUAUGAGGAUGUGGUUAUUCUGUGGAGAGCAGACAAGUGUUGGGGAACGAUAAGGGAAAUUUGUGCUUUAAUUGUUUGCCUUCAGAGUGAAAAUGUGUCUACAGUAACUAUCCCAGGGACUUUGUGAUGUUAUUUUUUGUACCAUAAACAGACAUGGAAACAAAAUUUUUGUCCUCAGUAAAUGACAUUUGCAGCACCCAAGUUGCAAUGCACCUGAUCUAUGGGCUAUAUAGCAGACUAAUCUGCCAAAGUUUAAAGAUUGCUUGUAAAUAUUUUUUCUAAAGCCUAUAUGGUUGUGCAAAGCCUAAUUCUGUUUAAAAUUCUGUUCCUGUUUAUUGUAUGGAUAUAUUGAUUUGCCACUUUUUUUCACUCCUUUAUUAUUCUGUAAAUAAUUAGAAAAAAAAUUGAUUUGCUGACAAAAAUGAAACUGGAAAAGGAAACAUGCUUUUUGUUACAUACUAUAGAUAGUUAAAUUUUAUGUUUGGAAUAAAGAAUUGAAGCAUU